GUUAGUUCGUACCUUGUAGCUGUAUAUUUGAUAUACAACCGACACACUUAAAUUGAAAAGAUAGGAUUGAAAUUAGGAACUCCGAUGUCUGCAAUUUCCAAAAAUUUCUUCAUUAAUGGCCGGCUUCUAUUUAAGACAAAGGUACUAUGAGUAAUAGCAGAAAACCAGUCCUUGUAUUGCAACGCUCAUACGACAGUCAAAAUGCCACUCAGUCAGUUGCAUUCACCGGCUUCGGUAGUCUCACUCAGAAAAUGCACAUGUGCCACUCGUUUGGCAACCAUACGUGAAUGUGUUCAAGAAGGCAGAACAGUCACAUCCGGCCCCCGUCAGCUUUAUCCGAGAGGUACAGGAAAUUUCGAGUCGGCCUCCGAGAACACCUUAAUGCAGUCCAAUAACUUUUUAAACGUUUUGGUGCGAUCCAGAUUGCACGCUAUGCACAACCGCCCGUCUCGUUUGCACAAACGUUGUUUCUCCAAAUGGUUUGUUGCAGUUGUAUCCAUCAGUUGUUUCCUGAUUGUUUUAUUGACCUAUCAGAAUUCCACACAACAAGGAUGCAGAAAAUUUGCGUUUAUGAAAAAUCAUAAAUGCGCAAGUAGUACAAUUGAAAACAUUAUAUUCCGAUUCGCACACAAAAAUAAGUUGAAUGUUGUGUUGCCAAAAAGCGGGAACUACCUUUCCAGAACUGAACUUUUUGACCACUCAUCACUGAAUACUACGAAGUGGAAAAAUGUCGAAUUUGAUAUUUUCAGUUUGCACAACCGCUGGAACAAGAAGGAGGUCAUGGCACUACUGCGUGAAGAUGUUCCAACCUUUACUAUCGUUCGAGACCCUGUCCAAGUCUUUAAAUCCAUGUUUCACUAUCUACAGCCACAGUUUGGAAAGUUUUAUGGCGCAAGAGAUAUUCAUGAAAUGGUCGUCAUUAUCCAAAAUGGGUCAUCCCCUUUAUUGAAUAAGCGCGCAGGUAAAUUGUUUGGCCGAAACCAAAUGGCCUGGGACAUGGGGCUGUCACCCGAAAUCUUUCACGAUGAAAUCGCCAUCACGGAAGAAAUUGAGCGACUGGAUCGCGAGUUCGAUCUGGUGAUGGUUGCCAAUAGGAUGGAAGAAUCGUUGGUCCUCUUGAAACAUCUCCUCAACUGGCCUCUCGAAAAUGUCGUCCACCUCAACCUGAACCGAAGAAAACCGGAAAAGUCGUCCGUUGUGAGUAUUGAAGAGAGGGAGGUGCUUUCUGAUUGGCUGGCCGCUGACGUCCGUAUCUUCGAACAUUUCUCCCGUCGAUUCGACGAAAGGGUAGCGGAAUUCAAUCGGAAACAUUCGACUAUGCCAGCGUUUCUUUCUGGCCUUUUUGAGAUGGAGAGUGCCAUGGAGAGGGAGAAGCAAUUGCUGGAGGAAGCCAACAAGCAACUUUACGACACUUGUGUUGUUCAAGAGUUGGGCAAUGAAAAACUGAAAGGGGCGUUCAAGGAGUUCAACAACAAUAUCAUGGGGUUCGUCGUCAACAAAAAGCAUGAAUGGUGUGCCUUGUAUGCGAUGAAAGAACACGCUUACUUGAAAAUAUUCCGAGAUUUGCUUCUUUCUAGAACAAUGAGAAGCAAUAGAAAUUAAAGUUAACAAAUAAAGUUUUGUUUAAAAUUU